AUGAGCAAAGUUUACAAAAAUUAAGUGUAGCGCAAGACACGUCAAAUAUAGAUGACACUGGGAUGUCAUCAAAUAGUUUAACUGAAAAAAAAAAAAGCAAAGACGUAAGAAAGCUAAGAGACAAAUAUCAUCAUCUUCUUCUUCUUCAGAAGAAGAAGACAUCUGUUUAAAAAAUAAAAAAAAUAAACUAAAUAUAAGACAAAGUAAAAUACUGCCUCCUUUUCCUGACAAAGAAAAUUCUCUAUCAAUUGAUAAAGACAUUGAGAAGCCUACACAAAAUAUUACAAAUAUUUUACAUGACAAAAAUGUUAUUAAUCCUAUGAACAGUAAUAAUAAAAAUAACAAGAAGCAAAUUGCUGCGAAUAAAACAAACCUUCAUAUGCAAGAUUUUUCUGAAAAUGCCGAGAAUUAUACUUAUGAUGAGUUCAAGAAACUGAUUAUAAGAAAAUUGAACUCAAUAUCGUAUAAAUUAGGCAUUAUAGAAAACAGAUUUAAUAUGCUAGAAGAGAAAAUUCAAUUUUCCUGUCAUGAUUUUGAUAGCCAAGAAUGCGAUAUCCAUUUCCCGAUUUCUACAGUUACUGAGUUAAUAUCCUUUGAAGACCAAUUACAGGAAAUCAAAUUUAGGGAUACAGUUCUUAACGUUUUUAAACUUGUUGGUGGAGUUGAUGCACAUGCCAUGAUACGAAAUAUUAUGAAAAAAGUAAUGACAGAUACUUUAGCCCAAAAUUUUAGCUGGACAGGAAAAAGAAAUAAGCGUAGCUUUAAAGAUUUAAAUCUUUCUAAAAUGAUCAUACGUAAGAUCUUUUUAAUAUAAUUUUGGAUUAACUUAUGGCCUUUUCGAUUUGCGACUCAAACCGACUCGGGUCGCAUCAUGUAUACAGGACUCUAGCAUCAUUGACGUGGAAUACAUACAUAUUUAUGUAUGUAUUCCACGUCCAUUGAUGCGACCCGAGUCGGGUCGAGUAGCAAAUCGAAAACGCCAUUAGUUGGUCCAUGUAGGGUCCAUUAGAAAUCCCUUUAAGAUUUGUCUAAAACAUACACAUAUAUAUACGUAUACAACAUACAUAUAUAUUUAUCAGAAAAUAUUUACAAUUUGUAUUA